CCACUCCAGCUCAGCCCCUGGUUUGCUAUAAAAGCCACAGCUGCCUCCCUGACAGCCACCCUUCUGACCCGGAGACCCCAACGAACAACAUGCAGACUCUCAUCCUCGCGGCGCUGCUCGGAUGCCUCGCCAGCGUGUUUGCGGCCCCCACCGACAAGGUGAAGUGGUGCGUCACGUCGGACAGAGAACAUGAGAAGUGUAGGGCGCUCGUAGUCAAAGCUCCGGCCUUCUCCUGCGUGAAGAGGGAGAACGUCCUCAGCUGCAUCAUUGCGAUCAAGGCCGGUGAGGCAGAUGCCAUCACUCUGGAUGGAGGGGACAUCUACACAGCUGGACAGAUCAAUUAUAACCUGCACCCCAUUAUUGCUGAGGACUACGGCACCACUGCGGACACCUGUUACUACGCUGUUGCCGUGGUGAAGAAGGGCACUGCCUUUGGCAUCAGAGAUCUUCAGGGGAAGAAAUCCUGCCACACUGGCUUGGGGAAAUCUGCGGGCUGGAACAUCCCCAUAGGAACUCUUGUGUCAAUGGGUUUGAUUCAGUGGGGAGGCAUUGAAGACAAACCCCUCGAAGAGGCGGUGAGCACUUACUUCUCCUCCAGCUGUGUCCCCGGGGCGACCAGGAAAAGUCUGUGCCAGCUGUGCAGCGGCGACUGCUCCAAGACCCACAACGAGCGCUACUACGACUACGCCGGAGCCUUCCAGUGCCUGAAGGAUGGUGCUGGAGACGUGGCCUUUGUGAAGCACCUCACUGUCCCAGAGUCGGAGAAGGACAACUAUGAGCUGCUGUGUAAAGAUAACACCAGGGCGCCGAUAGACAGCUACAAGAGCUGCUACCUGGGCAGAGCUCCGGCUCACGCUGUUGUCAGCCGCAAUGACCCACAGCUGGCUGAAUUGAUCUGGAAUAGCCUCGAUUCAGUGCAGAAACACCCCGAGAACUUCAACCUCUUCUCCUCCGAAGCCUUUGCACCUGCCAAAAACCUGAUGUUCAAAGACUCAACAGAAAAGCUGGUGAAGCUUCCCGCAAACAUGGAUACCUUCUUGUAUUUGGGUGCCGGCUACAUGAGUAGCAUCCGUUCCCUUACGAAAGAGACGACAGCCGCCGCGUCCUCCGCCAUUAAAUGGUGUGCCGUGGGCCACGCCGAGACGAGCAAGUGUGACUCGUGGAGCAUCAACAUUCUCAACGUUGCCACCAUCAUAUGCCAGAACGCCCCUACGGUUGAAGAGUGCCUGACCAAGAUCAUGCGUAAAGAGGCUGACGCGAUGGCAGUCGAUGGAGGACAGGUGUACACCGCCGGCAAGUGUGGUCUGGUUCCUGCCAUGGUGGAGCAGUACAGCGAAGAGAAGUGCGCCACCGCAGGAGCCCAAGCCUCCUCUUACUAUGCUGUUGCCGUGGUGAAGAAGGGCUCCGGGCUGACCUGGGACAAGCUGAUGGGCACGAGGUCCUGCCACACCGGCGUCGGCAGAACUGCUGGCUGGAACAUUCCCAUGGGUCAAAUACACAAACAGACGGGUGACUGCGACUUCACCAAGUUCUUCAGCAGUGGCUGUGCCCCCGGAGCAGAGCCCAGCUCUCCCUUCUGCACUCAGUGUAUCGGCAGCGGGGAAGCUGUGGGAGAUGAAUCCAAGUGCAAAGCCAGUUCUGAGGAGCGCUACUACGGCUACGCUGGAGCUUUGAAAUGUCUGGCUGAUGAUGCCGGCGAUGUUGCUUUCAUCAAACACACAACCAUUCUAGAAUUUGAGCACAAAAAUGAAUACGAGCUGAUCUGCCCUGGGAAGGGUCCGAUGGCGGUGGAGGAUUAUGCUUCUUGUCACCUGGCCAUCGUGCCAGCCCACGCCGUGGUCACUCGUCCGGAGAUCCGCAACGAUGUUGUUCGCAUUCUCCUGGCAGAGCAGACCAGAUUAGGUUCCAGCAACACCGAUGGCCCCUUUAACAUGUUCAAAUCAGAUUCAGGAAAGAACCUCCUCUUCAAGGACGCCACCAAGUGUCUCCAGGAAGUCGAAGUUGGAACAAGCUAUGAGACGUUUUUGGGAGCAGAGUACAUGGAUGCCAUGAAUUCACUCAGACAGUGCACUGCCAACACGCCGGAUCUGGAGAAAUCUUGCACUUUCCAUUCCUGCCAGGAAAAUAACUAGUGCCGACCCCCGGAGCACGUGGCGCCUCACUCAGCCCUCAGUGAUUCGGGCACUUCAAACACACUGGCAACACUCUACACAAAAAUUGUCAUAUGUAUUUUCUUUUUGAUCUUGUUGUAGUUGUAUUUUUAGCAAAACAAUAGUGAAACUGAUACAUUGCACUACCAUUACUUACAAAUCAACUAUCCUGUAAUCAAUCAUGUCCACAUGAAGCUAUUUCCAUGCUAUUGCUAUACAUGCGAUACGUGACAUUUCAUUAUCUGUGCUAUGGGAUCAAUGUUUUGUGAGCACCUGCCUGAAUUUGGUCAAAUAAAGCUUUUUAAUACUC